AUGCAUCCCAGUACGACGACCUCGACGCCUUUUUCCGUGAAGGAUAUCUUGAGGAUGGAGCAACACCACGACUAUGAGCAUGAUUUUCUAACGGCUGACCAGGUUGUGCCCUUGCAUCAUCAGCACGUGCACGCUGCGCCCCAGAAGAGCGACUUUUACGAAUGCCACUCGGAGCCGCGCGCCUCGGAGAUACUUGACAAGCUCGAUGCUCACAACCCGGGAGAAGAGGAGAUGCACGAGCAUGAGAUGACCGGGUUCGACAGUCCAUCUGAUUGUAACAACCCCCCCCAAAGGCCCAGGGUGCGAAGGAAGCCCCGGGUCCUCUUCUCCCAGUCUCAAGUGUCCCAACUAGAGAGGCGUUUCAGACAGCAGCGCUACCUGUCCGCCCCGGAGAGAGAGCACCUGGCCCACGUGCUCCAGCUCACCUCCACCCAGGUGAAGAUCUGGUUCCAGAACCGCAGGUACAAAUGUAAACGACAGAGGCAGGACAAAUCUCUGGAGCUGGCGGGUUAUCUGCCUGCACCCAGGAGGGUCGCGGUUCCCGUGCUGGUGCGGGACGGGAAGCUGUGCGGUGCCGGUUCCCAUUCAGCGCCCUUCAAUGUAACACUUGGACAUUAUAACCCCGCGCUUGGAUACGGAAACAGCAGCAUGUACGGCUGCAGUUAUCACGGCGCGUCACCUUCUGCGGCACAGAUGUCCAACAGCCAGCUGAAUGAUUUAACAGGAAACACCGAGACGCACUUCAGCCACGGGCCGUUUCGGGCCUCUCUACAGGGUAUAAGAGGCUGGUGA